CUCAGCCACCACCAGCAGGUUGGACCAGGACGUCGUGUUACGAGAUCUCCUCGUCUCAAAGGAGAGAUACCUACAUAUGAGUUCGAAGGGAUCUGUGGCACGUUAUAGCAGAAGAUGGUGGUCAUCAAGUGGCCGGCUAGAGCGGGGCCGUCAGGCGUCUGCGGUGUGCGGCGUAGCCCAUGCGUGGCAUUCAUCCGAUUUGUAUCCAGUCGUCCGUCCUUUAUAUUAAACCCACGGAGAUAUAUCAUCCAUCGCGACGACGAUUGGCGAAACCGGGUCGUACGUGGCUCCUUUAGAUUCUCGUCGUGGCGCGCCGGUUACACGACAAACCGGAUUUUGGUGACUUUUUGCAUUUCACGUGCGGUGCAAGUCCUGCAUGCAGUGGUGUCGUACAUGUGGAGUUUAUGCACGCUGCAGCUCUUCCCCUAAAAUCCUGCACGACUCCUGCAUAUGGUGAUUGAGCAGAAAAGCAUGGCUGUGCUGUGUGAUAGGGCGUC